UUGGUGUAUGAGGUGUUUUGUUUUGUGUUGUUCCCACUGACCUACAAUAAUAACGUUGUUCCAUGUUCAAUUCAAUUAUUUAAAUAAUAAUGUUAGUGUUUUAUUUAGCAUGAAGAUUUUAGGUGCAUAUUUACUAUUUUUGUUAAAUAUACAAAAAAAUUGCCUAGGAAAAGCUUAAUCAAGAGAACUAGCCUAAGUUAGGCCUAGAUCCUAGGCCUUUUUUUAACUAGCCUACUAAAGUAGCCUAGGCCUUAUCCCAGUGUGUCAUUGAUAGGCCUAUCUCAUAUUUUUUGCAAGGUCUAACUAGGCCUAGCUUAGUAUGGCAUUUCAGACUCAAACUGCAAGAGAAAAUAGAAAAAUUCUUCUAGAAGAUUUACAAUUGAAGAAGCUGCAGCUUUUAAAGCAAGGAGUUGUACCUCUAACAUCAACCCCAUUAGCCAUCUCUUCAGUACCAGGAAAUGCACCAAGCCCAGGAUCUGAACACUUGUCUUCGGUCCAACGAGGAGCUGUUAUACAAGCACAAGCGUCCUUCGGGUUUUUUGUCCCUCAAGACUCUCUAUUCGGCAACGUGAUUCUCCCAGUACUUCCACGUUACGACAUCAAACCGUGA